GCAACUUCAUUAAGACCAAAAAUAGAGACCCUCCUUUGAUCAACUUAACGAGUAGUUACAACGUUCACCUAAUCUUCUUACAUAAAUUUUACGAUCAAAAUAUGGAUUCUUCUCGAAGCCUCGAAUGCGUGCUCUCCAUGCAAGGCGGCGAGGAUGACGUCAGUUACGCCAAAAACAGCUACGGUCCGGCCGCAGCUCUGGCCUCGAGCAAACCAAUGCUGACGUCAGCCAUCAAUUCCAUAAAGCUCACCGAAGGAGGCUCAUCUCACAUUAUAAAGAUAGCCGAUUUAGGCUGUGCGGUCGGAGACAACACGUUUUCCACGGUGGACACGGUGGUUGAGGUGUUACGGCGGAGGCUAACCGUGAUUGACGGAAAAUCUGAUCAGCCGGAGCUGGAGUUUGAGGUAUUCUUCUCUGACUUGCCUUCUAACGACUUCAACACACUGUUUCGAUCGUUUGAAGAGAAAGUUAACGGCUCGAGCCAUAAGUACUUCGCCGCUGGAGUUCCCGGCUCGUUCUAUGGGAGGCUGUUUCCGAAAGGAGAGCUACAUGUCGUUGUGACCACAAGCGCCUUACAAUGGCUCUCUCAGGUUACCGGAAAAGUGAUGGAAAAAGGAUCGAAGACAUGGAACAAGGGAAGGGCGUGGAUACAAGGAGCAGAGGGAGAAGUUGUGGAGGCCUACGCGGAGCAGUCAGACAAGGACUUAGUCCAGUUCUUGAAAUGUCGGAAAGAAGAGAUUGUUGAAGGAGGAGUGUUAUUUAUGUUGAUGGGUGGUCGACCUUCUGGCUUAGUGAGCCAAGUCAGUGAUCAUGACUCCAGUCUCAGGCACCUUUUCACUAUUUUUAUGGAUCAAGCUUGGCAAGAUCUAGUGGAUGAGGGUUUAAUAGAAGAGGAGAAAAGAGAUGGAUUCAACAUUCCGGUGUACCUGAGAAGCACAGAGGAGAUAGCGGCUGCGAUUGAUGGUUGUGGUGGUUUCAAGAUAGAGAAAAUGGAGGUACUGAAAAUAGCUGACCCCAUGAAUGCUAAACAGCAAGAGUUGAAAGAUCCGGAGACUUACGGUCGAGCCAUGUCUACCUCGGUUCAAGCCGGUCUAAAGCCAAUGGUUGAAGCUUAUCUCGGUCCUGACCUGACCCGCAAGCUCUUCAAACAGUAUGCAGUUCGAGCUGCUGCCAACAGAGAAUUUCUCAAGGAGAAUUCUUUCUAUUACAUGAUCGCUGUCUCGGCAACUAGGGUUUGAUGUUAAUGUUAUCUAUGCACGUACGUAUAUGCUUAGUAUAGCAUGCCAAAAGAUUAUUAUAUCUACGGGUUACGACAUCUUUCAAUGCAUGCUGGAAUAAAGUAAUUAUUAGACUAAAACCAUUGUAUUUUCAGAUACAGUAUUUUCCCUUAAGAUUGAAAUCCCUACA